GAUUUAUCAGAUCAGAUUGGAGAAAGAGGAAGAGAUCGAGAGAAGGAAGUAGUAAUGGAGAGAAUACAGAGGAUGUUCGCGGGAGCCGGAGGAGGGUUGGGAGUGGGACACCCAGCUCCGGACUCGCCGCUGCUGGAUUCAUCGGAACAGGUUUACAUCUCUUCCCUUGCCCUUCUGAAGAUGCUCAAACACGGCAGAGCUGGGGUUCCAAUGGAAGUGAUGGGCUUGAUGCUGGGGGAGUUCGUCGAUGAGUACACAGUCCGUGUUGUUGAUGUCUUCGCCAUGCCCCAGAGCGGUACUGGUGUCAGUGUCGAGGCUGUCGAUCAUGUCUUCCAGACUAACAUGCUCGAUAUGCUCAAGCAGACUGGCAGACCGGAGAUGGUGGUAGGAUGGUAUCAUUCACACCCUGGCUUUGGCUGCUGGCUUUCUGGUGUGGAUAUCAACACACAGCAGAGUUUUGAAGCUCUGAAUCAGCGAGCUGUUGCAGUGGUGGUUGACCCGAUCCAGAGUGUUAAAGGAAAGGUGGUUAUUGAUGCCUUUCGAUUGAUCAACCCACAAACAAUGAUGCUUGGCCAGGAGCCACGCCAAACAACAUCCAACCUUGGGCACCUCAAUAAACCAUCAAUUCAAGCCUUGAUCCAUGGGCUGAACAGGCACUAUUACUCAAUCGCAAUUAAUUACAGAAAGAAUGAACUCGAGGAGAAGAUGUUACUAAACCUACACAAGAAGAAAUGGACAGAUGGGUUAAUGCUACAACGAUUUGAUACUCAUUCCAAAACCAAUGAACAAACUGUUCAGGAGAUGCUUAAUCUAGCCAUCAAAUACAACAAGGCAGUUCAGGAAGAGGAUGAGUUACCUCCUGAGAAGCUGGCAAUUGCAAACGUGGGCAGGCAAGAUGCAAAGAAACAUCUAGAAGAACAUGUCUCUAACUUGAUGUCAUCAAACAUAGUUCAGACUCUGGGCACCAUGCUAGAUACAGUUGUAUUUUAAUGACUCUGGGGAAAGGGGUGAUUAAGAUAACAACUCUAUUGUGCUCCCUAUUGACUUCCUACUGGUAUUAUAGAACUAGUCGUUCUAUGAUGCCAUCUCUCUUUGAUCCAAACUUUUUUAGUUGAUUCCAAUAGUUGGGGCAUUUGAUAGGUGACUUGUUUUUGUGCAUGGAGUUUUUGUUUUCACUUC